CCAAAAAUUAAUUAUUAUCAUAUUACAUUUUCAUUCGAACAUUUCAAAUUACAUUAGUUGUAUUAUUAUAAUGGUUGUACAGUUUUCGAUCGAUAUUCAAAGUGUUUCGUUUUCAUAUUAAAUACGAGUAAUGAUGGACGAUAACAUUGCGAAAACCGAAACUUUAAGCCGCGUUGUACCUAUUCACAAUGCGGAUAAAUGCAACGGCGGUGACCCGAUCACCAGGGCACCUAACAUAAACGGCGACAAAAUGAAUUUAUUAAAGCUCAUGUUUCUAUAUACACUGCAAGGUGUGCCGUGUGGCUUCGCCGAUGCUUUUCCGAUAAUAUUAAAAACCAAACAGUUUUCGUACAAUGAUCAGGCGUUAUUUAGUAUAAGCACGUGGCCGUACACUUUCAAAAUUUUAUGGGCCCCAUUAGUCGACUCUAUAUUUUGUCUUUCAAUAGGAAGACGAAAAAUGUGGCUUAUUCCUGUAUACUUACAACUAGGUACUUGUUUGCUGUUCUGUAGUCUAUACGUCGACGAGUGGCUAAAUGAUACCGAAAACCUUUCAAACAUCAUUCUACUCACGACACUUUGGUUGAUAAUUAACUGUCUAGCAGCUACUCAGGAUAUUGUGGUUGAUGGAUGGGCAUGCUCGAUGUUACAAAAACAUAAUAUACAUUAUGCAUCAAUGUGUAACGCUACCGGCAAUUCGUUAGGAUCAUUUAUGGGAUACAUAAUUAUGUUGCUUCUCGGAUCUGAAGAGUUUUGCAACAAAUGGUUGCGUUCUCAACCCAAAUCAGGAAGUAUUAUCACUGUAGACGAAUAUUUGUAUUAUUGGGGGAUCGUGUACAUUGUAGCAGCAGCCUUUGUUUUUAUGUUCAAAAGUGAAACUGAACCAUCAUCAAGGCAAAAAAACGUUGGUGUAUGGAACACAUACAAGUUACUUUGGGAUAUUAUGAAAUUGCGAAAUGUACAAAUAUUGGGAUCAAUAUGGGUCACUGCAAAAUUAGGAUUCGCUACUGUCGAUUCAGCAACUAAUAUGGAGUUCAUGGGUGCUGGAGUAUCUGAAAAUAGUAUAGCCAUAAUUGGUAUACUUUUAUACUUGGUCAAAAUUAUAGUCCCCGUAGCUGUUUCUAAGAUGACAAAUCCAACAAACACGUUGAUGGUUUACUUGAAAUACAUUCCAUAUAGAUUGCUACAUAAUGUGAUAUUCGCUGUAUUGCUAUAUUACACUCCAUUACUUAUAAACAGCAAUGCCAUACUCCAGACAUUUUACUAUAUAUCGUUGGGAUUAACCUACAUAACUUACCAGACGUGUAUGUUCAUAAUGUACGUGCUGUAUCUAUCAUUUUUAUCCCAAGUAAGUGAUCCGAAUUAUGGUGGUGUUUAUAUGACAUUGCUGGGCACUUUUGCUAACCUUAGCUACGCGAUAACCAGAACCGGUUCACUUUGGUUGAUUGACGUACUAACAUUCAAACAGUGUUCAACUAUCCCUCACAACUAUUGUGAGACUUCUAUAUCUACAGAAUCUUGUCAAGUAUCAAAUGGAACGUGCAAUACUAUAAUAGGAGGAUACUAUGCAGAGAUAGUCUUAUCUUCUAUUUUGGGAAUUUUAUGGUACUAUAUAAUUAAAAAACCAAUGAUCAGAUUACAGUCAAGUGAUAGAACAAAUUGGAUAGUUUACAAAAAUUAUGAUUCAAAAACAGAUCGAACUACGGAGACUAAACACUAAGCAACAAUAAAACAGUAUUUCUAAAAUAAUUUAUG